AACGUGAGGCCAUUUUCCUUCUAGACACCCUGCCUGUCUUUGUCUUCCAAUUUGAGCUCAGCGUCCUCCCUUCCUUUCCUCUCUGGUUUUCAAUUUUCAGAUGCUCCCACCACCCUCCCAAUCCCUGAGCUGGGCCCACCCUUCCACCCACAGCCACCUCCCCACUUCGUGGCCUCUGACUCCCUGUGCCUGGCCCUCCCUCUCUGUGCCCACAGCCCUGGCUUGGCUGUUCUCUCCUCACCUUUUCCCUGGUCUUCAGCACUGACCCCAGCUGGCCCUGCUCAGACUUCCUGGCUUCCCCUUAUACCCAGGGCAGUGUCCCAGCCCUUCAGCCUGGCUUCGAGACACAGUUUUGUCUGGGCCUGGGCCACAGUGCCCUGUUUGUGCUCUGUGCUUUAGCAUAGCCCACUCAGGCACUCAGCAUUCUCAGCGGGGAUACAAGUGACUGUAGGUAGUAGACAGCUGGACUUGGGGUUAAAGAGUAGAAAUGUCAUUACCUCAUCCAAAAAGAAGCUCAGAAGUGUACAGAGCCUGACAAGAACCCAACUGUCCAAGCAGAUAUGUGGUCAUUAGAGUCUUGGCUUCAGCAUCUCAGAGUGAAGAAGGCUGCCCUCCUGGUGGACAUGGAGGCCCCAGAAGAGAUGCCACCUCGAAGCCUGGGGAGGCCUGUCAAAUCCUCGAAGCAGUGCCUACAGCAGGUCGUUGCAGAAUAUGAGGCUCUGGACCGAGAGCUGCCAUGCAUACGGAAGUUCUCCACACCACCUGCCUCCCAGCCUCUCCGCCUUUGCAUGGAGACCUUGGAGGAUUUUACCCACGUGGAGGUGCUGGAGGCGCUGGAGGCCAAGUUACCUGGGGCCAUGGAAAGCGGGCGCGUGAAUAGCAUACGCUUUGAGAACAUGAACGUAAUCUGUGGGACCGCGGCCGCAGAGACCGGUGGCUCAUCACCGUCGCUGACAUUCAGACGCGCUCGCGCCUACUGCGCUCUGGGCUCAGCCCCCGCGGGCUGGAGCACCAGCUCGUGCUCCACGACGACCUACAGUAGGGCGACUACCGCUUGCACUUGCGCCGCUCGCUGGUCCGACGGCGCAUGCUCGAGGCCCUGGGGUCGGAGCCAACCCAGGAAGACUGACGCAAGAGAGAGGGUGGGCCCCGGCUGCGCUUGCGCACUACGCCCCUGAAGGGGGGGGCCGACUUCGCCGGGAGGGGGCGUCGCCUCCCAGGAAGGAGGCGGGGCCGGCUCGAGGGGGUGGAUACUGUGAGUUUAAUUAUAAAGAAAGACUUGGUACAAAAGCCAUUUCUGUCUGCAAAACCUUGGUGGGGAGUCCAAGGAAGGGAGGGGGUGGGGGUAGGCACUCACCCCCUUCUUAUAAUCCCGCCUCCCUAAACCUACUCCAGUCCCUGCAAAUGGUCGCCGGGGUCCUGAUCCCUUGAGGGAGGAACUGAGGCCAUCAGAAGAGAAGACCUGGGCGCCGGACUUUGGACGCGUGCAGAUUCCAGCCGGUCUCAGCGAGAACCAGACGUCCUCAUCCGCCCCCUCCUCGUCCCCUUCCCACCCCCCUUGGAAGACAAUUCUCAGGCUUUUAUUUCAGGUCUUUUCUGGACUUGUGUAUGUGUGUGUGUUCUAGGGUUUUUCUUUUUUUGUCGUUUUGCUUUGUAUUUUGUUUCUUUUUGCUUAGUCUCUCCUCUCCACCCCGUGCCUCCCCCCUCCAGC